CGCAGUAGUCGCUCCUGCAACGUUCCCAUCUGAAACUAUAUCGAACUCGGCUCCAACUGUAUUUCACGAUAUGUGUUUGUAAAAGUUCGUAACGUGGUCGUUUGGAUAGACAAGGUUUUAAGUGUUCAAGAACUAUGAAGGUUGAGUUUAUUUGAGUUUAAACAAUUUUAGCGACACCGGAACCAUACUCUGGGACACCUAAUGCACAAUGUCAUUGAAAUGACGUCGUAUCAUUAUGGAUAUAUUUACUCGACUAUCUAUUGGAAAAUGUGGAAUAUACGCAUAUUUGAUCAUCAUCCAUAUUCAGAUACUGCAAGGAGAAGAACAAUCACAAUGUCCAACUUUAGCAGAGAACCCAAUUUGUCCAUGUUAUAACUUCAAAGAAGGACUGUUUCUAGAAUGUCCUAGUGCUACUCCUGGAGUUGUCAAGAAUGUUUUGUCAAAGAUAAAAGGAUCAAUACAAUCAUUAUCUAUUUAUGAUUUAGAAAGUUCCACGACAGAGCUGAAAGCUGAGCUUUUUCCGUUAAAAAUAAAAAUAUCUAAUUUGCAAAUAUCACAGUCAAGCAUAAGUAAAAUUAGUUCUGAUGUUUUUACAUCCCUUCGUGAUUCAUUGAUAUCUCUGAGCAUAAUUUCCAGUAAACUAAAUAAAAUUCCACAUGAAUCUUUUUUCGAAUUGUACAAUAUAGAAGUGCUUGAUUUACAACUCAAUGACAUUAAAGAUAUACAAGCAAAUACUUUUCGAAAUCUUAAGUUAAAGAAACUUAAUUUGAAAGGAAAUAAAAUAUCUAAUAUUUCUGAUAAUGCAUUUUACAAUUUAGAAGAAUCACUGACUGAAUUGGAUUUAACAGAAAAUUAUUUAGAUACAUUUCCUCUAAGAUCACUUGGAAAGUUAAACAAAUUAAUUAAUCUUAGGCUGGCUUGGAAUAAAAUACAUAUAAUACCCAGUGACAUAGAUAUAAUUAUACCAAACUUACAAACACUAGAUGUAAAUUCUAACUCAUUUACUACGAUAGACAAAAACUGGUUUAGAUGUAUGCCAAAGUUAAAAACGUUAUCAUUUUUUAGUAAUCAAAUAAAAAAAAUAGAUGAUGAAGCAUUUAAUUCGUUAAGUAAUUUAGAAACAAUUGACUUAAGUAGAAAUAAAAUCAUAACCAUCGACAAGAAUAUAUUUCAAAAUAAUCACAAUAUUCGAACCAUCGAUUUAAGUUAUAACCACAUACAUCUCAUAAAAGGUGUAUUUUCAAAUCUUCGUUUACUUUCUGAAAUAUUUCUAUCAGAAAAUAAUAUUCUAGAAAUAACGAACGAUGUAUUUGAAAAUGCUACAAGUUUGACAGUUCUUAACUUAGAACACAAUGCUAUACAAAAGUUACAUAUAAAUUGCUUCUCCUCUUUACAAAAUUUGACUCAACUACAUAUGGGAACAAAUUUUUUGAAUAAACUUCCGCGUAAGAUUUUUGAGUAUAAUUAUAAAUUAGUAACCUUAAGUUUAGAUAAUAAUGAAAUUAACGAAUUAGAUGAAUUGAUAUUUGAUAAACUUAAAGAAUUAAAAGAAAUACGUUUACAAAAUAAUAAAUUAGCUCAUAUUAAGCGAAACGUAUUUAGUCCGUUACCAGAACUUUUAGAACUACAUUUACAGAAUAAUAUUAUUCAAAAUAUAGACUCACAUGCAUUUAUUACACUUAAAAAUCUUCAGCAUAUUAAUUUGCAGGGUAACCGUUUGACAACAAUUGGAGACGUAUUUCCGAACAGAAAUUCAUCGUUAGUCUCUAUCCAACUUGGUGUAAAUUAUUUGUCACUAUUGAAAAAUAGCUCCCUCAGAGGACAACUAAAUGUGCAAAUAAUGUGGCUCAACCAAAAUAAUAUUAAGAUUUUAACGUCUAAUCUGUUUAACGAUUUGUUAAAUAUUCAAAGGCUAUAUUUAAGAAAUAACAGUAUUGUACAUAUAGAAAAUAAGACAUUUAUGCAUCUCAAAAAGUUAAAAUUUCUAGACUUAAGUAAUAAUAAACUCGUAAAAUUGAGCAAUGAAACAUUUUUUAAACUUGAAACAUUAGAAGAACUCCACUUACAAUGUAACUAUAUAAAUCAAAUUGCGAAGGAUACUUUUAGAUAUUUAGUUAAAUUAAAAGUUUUAGAUUUGUCGCAAAAUGAAAUAAUUGUUCUGGACUUAGAUAUAUCAUCUCUUGCAAUAAAACAACUUCGGCUAAAUAAAAAUUCAAUAUCAAUAAUUGAAGCCGACUCAUUGAAAACUUUACCAAAUUUAAGUGACUUAGAAAUGAAUAAUAAUCUUUUAACGUGGGAAGAUAUCAUUCAAGUACAAAUACCUGGAUUGAAGUCCCUAAUAAUAUCUAAAAAUAACUUCAUUCAAUUAGAAAACAAAACAUUUUCACAUUUACCAUCACUACAAACUUUGUCUUUGGAACUAUCAAACAUAUCUCAAUUGCCUCCAGCUACGUUCAUUAAAAAUCAAAAUCUUCUACGAAUAAACUUAGCAUUUAACAAUUUAAGAGAUUUACAUAAGGAUGUGUUUGCAUAUACAACAAUACUACAGGAAUUAAAUUUGAGAGGGAACAAUUUUACAGAUUUUCCUCAUGUUGCUUUAUUUAAUGUAACUUCAUUAGAGGUACUAGAUUUAUGUCAGAAUCAAUUACACAGUGUUGAUUUUUUUAAAUUUAUAGGGUUACAAAAUUUAAGAAUUUUAAAUUUAUGUGAUAACUAUAUAUCUAUGUUGAAUGGUUUCAAUUCUCCAUCAUUAAAAAACCUAAUUACAUUAAAUCUGAGCAAAAAUAUGUUAACCGUUCUACCACCAAAUUUUUUUCAACAUUCACUAGGAUUAAAAGAAAUAGAUUUGUCAGGAAAUCUUUUUAAGCAUAUACCUAAUAAUGGAUUAUCUGAAGCCGUAUUACCAGGUUUGACAACUUUAAAUAUGUCAAACAAUUCUUUAAAACAGUUAUUUCAGUCACAUCCAACAAAACAAUUCCCCAUCUUGAGUGAGUUAGUGGUGACACAUACAAAUUUAACAAUAAUUACAAGUAAAGAUUUUGAAAAUUUUCCAUCACUAAAAAGACUCAUAUUAAGUCAAAAUUCUAUUGAUAGAUUAUCCCCUGGUGCAUUUGCAAAAUUACAUAAUUUGGAGAAACUGGAAUUGAGUCAAAAUAAAUUAGAAAAUAUUCCAAGAGAGAGACUUCAAGGUUUAUAUUCAGUAAGAGUAGUGAAUAUAUCUCACAAUACAAUCAGAGAACUGGAAGAAUUUACAUCAGAUUUGCAAAAUCUUCAAAAACUGGAUCUCUCUUCUAACCACAUUACAAGAAUAAACAAAGAUAUUUUUCGAGGACUGCAAAGCCUUACAGAAUUAUAUUUAAGUAAUAACUGGCUAUCAGCGAUUUCUUCAGACGCAUUUCGAAAUCUAAACAAAAUCUCAUUAAUAGAUCUUAGUCAUAAUUACUUUGAAGUAAUUCAGAUGAAAAUGCUUAUGAUGUUAGAAACUCAACUGAAAACACUUUCACUUGAUGAAAAUCCCUUAACUUGUAAUUGUGAAUCUCAAGAUAUAUGGAAAUGGAUGCAAGAUCAUUACAAAAUUGUUAGAAGAAGAAGUAGUAAUUUGCGUUGUGAACAUCCUGAAGAACUACAUGGUUACAGUUUCAUAGAAUUAUCUGGCCAAAAGCUCUGUAAUAUUCCAGUUAUAAUUAGAAUUGCUAUACAAGACAUACAAACAUAUUCUGUAAUAGUAUCUUGGCAAAACCGCAACCAAAGCGGUCUAAAUGGAUUUCAAGUGGCCUAUUUUGGAGAACAAAAUCCAAGCAUUAUUCGGGGAAAACUCUUGAAUGUCACAGCUAGAUCAACAAGAUUAAAUCAUCUUACACCUGGCUCCCGUUAUACUGUAUGUGUAUUAGCAGUCGGUAACUUUGGCGGAUCAUCAUCUACGGAUUCAUCUGUUCCGGACGCCAGAAUAGCUCCCUCACCAGAAAAUCCCAGCAACAACAUAUAUGGAGACGAAGUGUUAUUCAAUCGUUUACGACCUUUCAUGAACGAUUCCACUACAAGUAAAUGCGCUACAGUGACCACAAUUGAACUAUUUGGUGCUGCUUUAGAUAGUCCGUUUUCUAAUACAUAUAUGGGGAUUGCUGAUAUAUUAACGAGAAGACUUAGUUUGGUUGUGGGAUGUUGUAUUGGAUUUAUAGUAUUUAUCGUAUUAGUUUCAGCUUUAGGUUAUAUAAAGACUAAGAAACGUCCAAUCGCGGCUAAAACAGAAGUACAACAGGCACCUCAGUAUAUAUCAUAUGACAACUUUAAUACUCCUAAUGUUGAAGUUCAAACUACAGACAUGGAUAUAAAUACUAUUACAGAUAAAACUAAACCACAAUGUAAACAUGAUUGAGAGAUACAUGAAACGUACGUAACUUAGAAGAGCUUAAAGAACGAUACGAGUUGGGAUUUUUACAAUUUGAUUCCCUUAUGAAUAGGAUGCCACUCACAUCGGGAUGAAACCUUUUAUACCUUCAUCGUCUUUGAAACUUCUUUUACAAGUUUGGCAGACAGGAAUGAAUUAUUGCAGCUACAAGCUAUCAAUAACGAAAUGUGUGAUAAUCGAAAAAGUUUGACAACACUUGUUCUAACUUUUGAUGAAACAAUUUAGUUGGUAAUAAAUAAAAAUGUAUCGUUUCCAGUCUAAUCUAAUUCACUGUUCAUAGUAACAUAAUGUAGUACAAGUUUGUUUUUUGCUUGUUAUUGAAUAACUAAAAGUCAUUCGUAACUAUCUUAAAAAAAUUAUACAUACUGAAGAAUAUAAUUUAUAGUGUCAGCCUUAAGUGGUAAAUUAAAUUUGUUAGAAAUAUAUGCCAAAGACUAGUGGAUUAUUGAAUACUUUUAUUAUUUGCAUUAUAGUUUACAAAGUAACUAAGUACAUUACAAGUAAACAUCUCCUCUUAAAACGUUUAACGUUGUAAUUUUUUACUGUGAAGUAAAUAAUUUAUUGUGAUUAUUAUAGAUAAGUGUAAAUUAUUAGAAUUAAUGAAAUAUUGUGUAUAUUGAACAUAAACUAAGCCAAUUUGGUAGCUGUCAAAUUGUAAAAAGUAAUUACGAAAAAACUUGUGUACCAUCACAAGGAAUAAUGUGUAAUGUUACAAAAAUUAAAUAACAUAGUGACUCCAAUGCCAAAUCGGAUAAAUAGAAAUAAUGUAAUAUAUCGAAUUUAUGGUAAACAUAACAAUUGACGUACCUACUCAACUUUCGCUGAGCAUAUUUAUAUACAGCGAAGCAUGAGGCGAGCCUGCCACCGUCUCUUGGUUAAUAUAUAGCUAUUUUAGAGAUAAGUUAAUAAUAUUGUAUAAAAUAAAAAAAAAAUAUCAGACUCGUCUAGCGUAAUGAAGUAUGUACCAACUUGUGUUGAUGUCUAUUCAAUUCAUCACAAUCUGUUAAUAUCUAGCAUAC